UUGGUCAGGCUAGUGUACGGUGGGUAACUGAGGAAAAUGGGUCGUUCGAUAGUGGGAGCUGCUGCGGUGAUUUGUCUGUGUCUCGGGGUCACUCAUGGAAAUGAAGUCGCCCGCUACGAUAACUACAGAGUUUACGAGGCGAUUCCCUCGUCCGAGAAUCAGCUGAAACUGUUGAAUGACCUGAAACAUUCGAGUGAUAGUUUGAUUUUUUUGGAAAGUGGUAAUCAUGUUGGAGCCAAGUUCAACAUCGUUGUGGCCCCUCAUAAGUUGGCUGAUUUUACGGAAGCACUGCACAACGAAGGUGUUUACACUCGACUGUUGGAGACAAAUAUGCAAAAGUCGAUUGAUGAAGAAAAACAUCGAAUGGGGACUAAGCGAGCCAGAGGAACUUUCGAUUUUAAUGAUUAUUACGAGCUGGAGGACAUUCAUGCUUGGUUGGACAAACUUGCACUUCAAUAUGAGCAAGUUGAACUACUCGAGGGUGGACAUUCUUACGAGAAUCGUUCGAUCAAAGGAGUGAAAGUGUCUUUCAAAUCGGGAAAUCCUGGUGUUUUCAUUGAAGGAGGCAUCCAUGCUCGUGAAUGGAUCUCACCGGCAACAGUUGCAUACGUUCUUAACGAAUUGCUUACAAGCCAGGAUCCAAAAGUGCGAAAUGUUGCUGAAAACUAUGAUUGGUAUAUGUUCCCGAGUGUGAACCCUGAUGGCUACGUUUAUACCCAUAAAAAGGAUCGUCUUUGGAGAAAGACUCGCACACCUUACUCUGGAGGAUGCUUCGGAGCUGACCCCAACCGUAACUGGGAUUUCCACUGGGCAGAGCAAGGAACCAGCAACCGUUGUCAAGCCGAUACUUACGGUGGACCUUACGCCUUUUCCGAAGUUGAAACGAAAAGUUUGUCUCAGUUUGUCGAAUCGUUAAAGGGCAAGAUCCAAGCCUAUAUCUCGUUCCAUUCAUACUCUCAGUUACUUCUUUUCCCUUACGGCCAUACCGCCGAGCACACGUCAAAUCACGACGACCUUAACGAAAUUGCCAAGGCGACGGUUGCAUCUUUGGCGAAGCGGUACGGUACCAAGUACAAAUUCGGCAACAUCUAUGAGGCCAUCUACCCCGCAAGUGGAGCCAGUGUGGAUUGGGCUUACGGAGCCUUGGAUGUUAAAAUCGCCUACACCUAUGAGCUGCGACCUGGUUCAAACUCGUGGAAUGGAUUCGUACUGCCACCGAGGCAAAUUGUCCCGACCGGUGAGGAGACGCUCGAUUCGUUAGUGACGCUGCUGGAGGAAUCACAGAGAAGGGGUUAUUAUGAAAAUCUGUGAAGGGUGUUAAGUGGGUGUCUUUCUAAUGCAAUCUAAACGAAUAAAAUAUUGAACAUCUACUUCAAACGGGACAAUCAUUCAUGGCGGUUAUCUUUGUUACACAAAUAAAAAAUAAUGCACACUCGUAAA